CAUCAACUCCUCCAUUCGCCCAUCAUGUCCGCCCCACGAAUCCUCUCCGCCCUCUUCCGACCCUCCUCCUCUCGAACCUUCACCAGCACCGCGACCUCGACCUUCCGAUCACAGCCCUCCUACCGACCACGCCCCUCAACACAAUGGCGAACCAACCCCUCCUCGUCACGAUCCUACCGCCGCCAAGCCUUCAACUACCAACGCUUCUCCACCACAAAAUCCUACCUCCGCGCCUGGUCGCAACGGCCCACCUUCUACUACGAAGUCGGCGGCCUCGGAGCCACUUGCGGAGGGUUUUACAUCUACAACCUCGAGCCCGUGGCCGUUACAGGGCGUCGACGCUUCAACGUCGUCAGUCCUGGACGGGAAGCGGAGAUGGGAUUGCAAAUGUACAACCAAACCCUGCAGGAGUUCUCGUCGAAACUAUUGCCGGCGCAUAGUUCUGAACAUCGCAUGGUGUCCCGGGUGCUGGAGAGACUGAUUCCGCACUCGGGAUUGUCGGACGAGGAGAACAAGUGGGAGCUGCACGUCGUGGAUGACCCGAUACCGAAUGCUUUCGUCAUUCCGGGUGGGAAGGUGUUCGUCUUCCGAGGUAUUCUGGACAUUGCUCGCGGCGAGGACGGACUCGCAGCUGUCCUGGGCCACGAGAUCGCUCACAACGUCGCCCACCACGCAGCAGAACGCAUGUCUCGCUCGUUCAUCAUCCUCCCCUUCGCCGUCAUCGGAUCCCUCAUCGUAGGACUCGACGUGGGCAUCGGCAACGGGCUCGCCAAGCUCGCAUUCGAGCUCCCCGGCUCACGGAAAGAGGAGAGUGAAGCGGACUACAUCGGUCUAUUGAUGAUGGCCCAAGCGUGUUUCGAUCCGAAAGCGGCGAUUGGGUUGUGGCAGCGUAUGGAGAGUAUGGAGGGCAAACAGGGAGGUGCGCCACCGGCGUUUUUGAGCACGCAUCCGAGUAGUCAUGAUCGAGGGGAGAAGAUUCGCGGGUGGUUGGGAAAGGCGGAGGAGGUGUAUCAGAGAGGGGAGUGUGGAGGGAUGGGAGGGUAUAUGAGUGGGUUCAAGGAGGUGACGGAUUUUUCGAGGUGGUCAUAG